CUGCUCGGCGUGCUCCGCAGCGUGGCCAAGGCGCGCGCCCGCGUCGCGUGCGUCGUGCUGCUGGCGGCGGCCGCGUGCGUGCUGUACGGCUGGCUGUGGUGGUGGCCCGGCCACCGCAACCGCCAGUGCCUGUGGGAAGUGCCGGACUCGCUGACGCUGCUCACGCGCCCGCCCGUGGACUGCACCAUCUGCAGAGACGUCUCCCAGGUGGACCACGUCAAGGCCAUCACCCCGCAGGAGUUCGAGGACAGGUACGCCUACACGGCCAGGCCCGUCGUCAUCCAGGACGCCAUGCUCAACUGGACGGCGCCGACCGCGUUCUCGUUCGACUACCUGAAGGGCAUCUACGAGGAGUCGCUGGCGGCGCCGGACUCGGUGCAGGACCGCUGCCAGUUCUUCCCCUACAGCACGGACUUCCGCAGCCUGCGCGAGGUCUUCCAGAUGGACGCGGACCGCGCCGCCAUGCGGCCCGGCGCCAAGCCCUGGUACAUCGGCUGGAGCAACUGCGACGAGAAGGUGGCCCGCCUGCUGCGCGCGCACUACGGCCGCCCCUACUUCCUGCCCAGCCUGUCCGAGAACAAGAACGUGGACUGGAUCUUCAUGGGCAGCAGCGGCUUCGGCGCGCAGAUGCACGUGGACAACGUGAGGCACCCUUCGUGGCAGGCCCAGCUGCGCGGCGCCAAGCUGUGGUCGCUGCAGCCGCCCCCGGAGUGCCUGUACGAGUGCCAGGCCUUUUCAGUGGUCGUGCAGCCGGGAGAGAUCAUUGUGCUGGACACGAACCAGUGGUACCACUCGACCAAGAUCGUCUCGGAAGACAUCAGCAUCACCAUAGGGGCGGAGUACGACUGAGUUUUGCCCAAGUAUUAGUUUAUUUAUUAGUUUUGUUAACUGGCCCGCCGGUUGGAAGUAGCGCACUACAUUUUGCUUCGAACUUGCACAGGCGUGUGUGUUUGACCCGCAGAAAAUAGAGUCUAGUUACUAUGGUUACGCGACUUGAAAUUACUAAAUAAAAGACACUGUUUGUUUUAUUCCAA